GAAGGCGAGCUUGAUUGCUUGGGUCUCGAAUGUCAAGCUUCUGUCGAUCUCAGAGAGUCGCCAUCACCGCUUCUCAUGAAGCUGGUGGUUGUGUAGUCCUGGCCUGCACUUACAGCGUCACACUCUCCCGCUUGACUGUUCAUUUCCGGGAAAUAAGAAACGAAAAAUUAGGUAGGUGGAGUUUCUUUGUGAGCAAUGCCGCGUUCGGCGCUGUACCCCGGUUGAGGUUGCUCACUGAAGGCUACACAGUUAUUUAGGGUCCAAUUAGAAUCUAUGGACGUAACCCGAAGCUGUUUAGAGGUCUCCAUGAAUGGUCUGUUGUGCUAUGAACGGGCCCAGCCAGGUUGUCUGAACCGGUACAUAAGUCAAAAAGCAGUGAAUGUGUGCAUUUUGUGGGCCAUAUGUUUCGCGCUCAGCACGUAUCUAGUUUGUUUGGGGUUUUGAGAGAUCUUAGCCUGCAUUCCGAUGUGAAAAUUAGCCACCAAAGGAUUGAAGCUAGCAUGAUGGAGCAGCGCGGAAUGCGAAAUUUGGUCUUAUUGUGUACAUUGAUGUGUGCUGCUUUUGGGGUGGCUCUCUCCGCCAAGAGUUGCAACUUGUUGAAGAGCUCGAAAAACGGCUUUAAAGCUUGUCAGAUGCUGCCUAAGCUGUCUUCCACACUGGCGUGGACAAUUCACAACGAAACCAACAAGAUCGACUUCGCCUUCUCCGGCACGGCGCCGGUUGCCAGUGGAUGGGUGGGGUGGGGCAUCAACCCCACCGCUGCGGCGAUGGUGGGAACCCAGGCUCUAAUAGCAUUCCAGUCAGGGCAAGGCGCCAUAGUGCACAGCUAUGCCAUAACUGGACCGAUAAAGGGCGGAGCGCCUUGCGUUCCGGGAAACCUCAGCCUGGACUUUACAGGAACAUCAGUCGAAAUCAGUGGCACAGAGAUAACGAUCUUUGCAACACUGACCAAGAAAUCGAAUGGGUCCUGGACAAUGAACCACGUCUGGAACGAGGGAUCUACUGUGGAUCUGGACACGAACGCCAUCGGACCUCACGCCAUGUCGGGCGACAGUGUGGCCUCCGCGUCUAUCAUCAACUUGGAAACAAACGAAGCAUCUGGCGACGUCGAGCUCCCUCACCAAAAGCUUAAGGAUAGACACGCCAUCAUCAGUGCCGUAGGAUGGGGCAUGCUGCUUCCACUGGGAAUAAUGGCCGCCCGUUACUUGCGUCCUCUCUCACAAGGCAGCUCCGCAUGGUUCUAUAUUCAUGUGACCUGCCAAUGCACCGGCUACAUUCUCGGCGUGGCGGCUUGGGUGCUAGGGAUGAAGCUGCACUCCUACAACCAUGGUGCAGUUCCCACCAAACAUCGCAACAUCGGCAUCAGCAUCUUCGCAAUGGCCACCCUCCAGGUUACUGCGCUAGCUCUGAGACCCAAGCCAGAAUCGAAAUUACGAAACUCCUGGAAUGUGUAUCACCACAGUAUCGGCUACGCCAUCAUAAUCCUCAUCAUCAUCAACAUCUUCGAAGGCCUCGACCUACUGCGACCGGGGGUCAAGUGGACGAACACCUACAUUGUGUUUUUGAUAGUGUUGGGGGUGAUCAGUCUGGUCCUGGAGGUCAUCAUAUGGAGCAUGUGGCUGCGGCAGCGGUCCAAGAGCAACGCAGACCCAGUGCACGUCGCCCUAGGGAAAGCCAUGGGCUCGAACGCGUACAGAAAUCCCGACCAGAAGACCAUGGAUGUUGUUUAACCCGUGGCUGAUCCUGUUUCUCAGUCAUUAAGCACAUCGACCGAAGACUCGAAGCACUCGCCACCAUCAGUGCAAACUUGCAAAUCUCUCAGGACUUUGCAUCAAUUGUGUAGAUCCUAAUGUAGAUCCCACAACCUCAGCCAUUUUUUUGUAUUAACCAUAAGGAUUUGCAAGUUCUAGAACAGCACUCCACCAUUUCCCGCUCCUGGUGUCGAUGCGGCCGUUAAGUGGGUUUCCAGUUUCCGGAUUCUUUCGUGACUGCGACGACGAUCUCCUUCGAUCUUGCUAAUCUUUCUGCCAUUUUCGAUAAUCUAUCUGCGAUAGUGUUCUUCAGGUCUUAGUUGAAACAUUCAACUAGGUUGUGUGAAUGACCUCAUUGAACUCGCAUUCUUCAUACAACGCUCCUUGCGAUCUGACAUCCAGUUUCGGAAGCAAUUCUUCUAAAUCUCCAUGAGAAAUGGAUCUUAUUUCUGUGGAAAUGAAUGUACAUUCGCCCUCUUUCUUCAUCGAACUAAAGCCUCCUUGAGACGUCACAGAAGAUGCUUGGUCAAUGUUGAAAGGUGUGUUUUGAUUUGGGAAGAUGAGUUGAGAAGAGAGCAGAGGUUAUCUUCUAUGGGGUACAAAGAGCUUGUGGCUUGUCUUGUGUAUAUAUGUAGUGUUCCCCACAUAAAAAAAUGUUAUUUUAAUAAAUGGUACUUGUGUUUA